CGCGCCGCCGCACUGCACCGCUCCCGCUCCGCGCAGCACCGCACCGCGCCGCACCGCGCCGCGCGGCCGGACUCCGCGGCUGGACCCCGCCGCGCCCCCGGCGCCGCGCCGCGCCCCGCGCCCCCUUCUCUCCGCAGCCCUGACAGUGUCUCCCACGCCGCGACAGCUCUCAAACCUACUUUGGGGUCUUAAAACGAAACCGUACACCAUUUCACUGUGGACAUUACACCCUCUUACAGAUAUGGGAGACAUGGGAGACCCACCAAAAAAAAAACGCCUGAUUUCCCUAUGUGUUGGUUGCGGCAAUCAAAUUCAUGAUCAGUAUAUUCUGAGGGUUUCUCCGGAUUUGGAAUGGCAUGCGGCGUGUUUGAAGUGUGCAGAGUGUAAUCAGUAUUUGGACGAGACCUGUACGUGCUUUGUUAGGGAUGGCAAAACCUACUGUAAAAGAGAUUAUAUCAGGUUAUACGGCAUCAAGUGCGCCAAGUGCAGCAUCGGCUUCAGCAAGAAUGACUUCGUGAUGCGCGCCCGCGCCAAGGUGUACCACAUCGAGUGUUUCCGCUGCGUGGCCUGCAGCCGCCAGCUCAUCCCCGGCGAUGAAUUCGCGCUGCGGGAGGACGGCCUCUUCUGCCGGGCGGACCACGACGUGGUGGAGCGGGCCAGCCUGGGCGCCGGGGACCCCCUCAGCCCCCUGCACCCCUCCCGGCCGCUGCAGAUGGCAGCAGAACCUAUCUCUGCCAGACAGCCAGCUCUGCGGCCGCACGUCCACAAGCAGCCCGAGAAGACCACCCGAGUCCGGACUGUCCUUAAUGAAAAACAGCUUCACACCUUGAGGACCUGCUAUGCUGCCAACCCCAGACCUGACGCCCUCAUGAAAGAGCAACUGGUAGAAAUGACUGGCCUCAGCCCGAGGGUCAUCAGGGUUUGGUUUCAAAACAAGCGGUGCAAGGACAAAAAAAGGAGCAUUAUGAUGAAGCAGCUUCAGCAGCAGCAACCCAAUGACAAAACUAAUAUCCAGGGGAUGACAGGAACUCCGAUGGUGGCAGCUAGUCCGGAGAGACAUGACGGAGGUUUGCAGGCGAACCCGGUGGAGGUGCAGAGUUACCAGCCGCCCUGGAAAGUACUGAGUGACUUUGCAUUGCAGAGUGACAUAGACCAACCUGCUUUUCAACAACUAGUUAAUUUUUCAGAAGGAGGACCCGGUUCCAACUCUACUGGAAGUGAAGUAGCAUCAAUGUCUUCUCAGCUGCCAGAUACGCCCAACAGCAUGGUAGCCAGUCCUAUUGAGGCAUGAGGAACAUUCAUUCAGAUUUCUGUUGUUGUUGUUUCUGCCCUUACCCUCACCCCUGUUGGAGAGAGUGGGAAAGUGAUCGUGUUGGGACUCUGCAAUUUAGGGGGAAAAAGUAUUUAACAACCCUGUAAUGAACCUAGCAAGGAACCACUCCAUGAAAUGAACGGAGUCAUGUUUGAAAAGACAAGGUAAUAUGGUAGCAACACUGUGAAGACAAUCAUGGGAUCUUACUAGAAUAAAUACUAAAAAAAAACCCCAAACCCUGCGCUACUCAAUGAUCAGAGGAAGAUCGAAAAGACGUUUUCAAAACGUAAAGGAUUUGUACUUGUGGGUCAAAAAAAAAAAAAAAAAAACGUGAAAAAAAUUGAUCUUUUCAUUUGACUGCACAUCUUAGGGAGAAACCAAGGUAGAGGGACUUUCUAUCCUGUCCCUCCCAAUCCUAAUGGUGCUUUUUUUAUAUUGGUGAUUGCCUUGCCAAAAGGAGCUCCAGUAGGUUUUCCAUCAUCAGGAAAGAGACGAUUUAGCCCUGCAUUGUUGAAAGAUUCAUUGCAGGAAGGUGGAGCUGCAUUGGUUUGCAAUGUUGUUUUUAGUUGACUCUUAAUAAGGGGUUGUUUCCUGGGUCUCUUCCAGCAUGUACUGUAGCGGGGUUUUGGUUUUGUUUGGUUGUGAUCCACCCUCUAUCAACUCUGAAGCGAUUAAAAAUAGGUUUUUGAAUUCCUCUUUAAAAACCGAUUUCUAAAAGCAUUGCAACAAGGUAUACCUCUAUUUUGCCACAAAGCGUCUCGGGAUUGUGUUGGAAAUGUGUUGGUCCAAGAAACUUCCCCUCCCCCAGAGAUGUGUAUAGUCAUUGGUUAAAACGACUGUUUUAUCUUUCUCUUUCUCUCUCUCUCGCUCUUUCUUUCUCUCUCUCUCUCAAUAAAGAGAAAAAAAAA